AUGGCAUCCACUUCUACAUCUGCUGGACAUGCUUUUGAUCAAAUAAUACCAUUACCAUCUGCUUCUAUUACAUCUUCAUCUGGAAUGAAAUGGAUGUCCUUCGAUGUAUUUAUAAAUCAUUGUGGAAGAGAUGUCAAACAUACACUAGCCAGCGGUAUCUACAAUUCUCUUGAUGCCACGGGUCUGCGAGUGAUCUUGGACAAAGAUGAGCUAGAGCUAGGGGAUUUCUUGCCCAGAGCUCUAGAGCAAGCGAUACGUAGUGCUUCUCUUCAUAUCGCCAUUUUUUCUAAGCAUUAUGCAGAAUCCCCCUGGUGCUUGGCAGAGCUAGCAUUUAUGGUUGAAACUGGAACCACAAUCGUUCCAGUCUUCUAUCAUAUUCAACCUUCUGAUUUAAGAUGGGCGGCUGGAGGAAAAGGAAUAUAUGCAGAUGCCUUCACUGAGCAUGAAAAGAAAAAACGAUACACUUCAGAAAAGCUUCAGCAUUGGAAACUAGCACUCCAACAAGUUUCGUGUUGUAUUGGUGGCAUCAUUAAUAACAUUGAUGACGAGCAGAGGGUGGUGAAGAAUGUGGUGAAUCGUGUAAUGAAAGAAAUGAAGAAGGUGCCAUUAGAGGUUGCCAAGCAUCCGGUGGGUCUGGAUGAAGCUGUGCAAGAGUUCAACAGGAUUGCAGUUCAAUCUGCUGGGCCGAUGCAGAUUGUCGGAAUCUGGGGCAUGGGUGGGUCAGGAAAAACUACCCUUGCUAAGGAGCUACAUAACAAGAAAUGCUCGACCGUUAAUAGGUCAAGUUUUCUUUUCGAUCUUCGGCAAGCUGCAAGGAAAGAGCUUUUGUAUGAGAAACAAAAAAGGCUUCUAGAGGACCUUGAGCUUAAAGUUAAAGGUGCAUCUUUUGACAAUGUAGACAAAGGCAAAAAGAUUCUAAAAAGCCGCUUGCGAUCUGUUUUUGCGCUAAUCAUUUUAGAUGAUGUGGAUCAUACAGACCAACUGGAUGCUUUAUUGCCCACAAAAGAAUGCCUUGGCCAUGGAAGUUUGGUUAUAGUAACCACACGCGAGAAGCGUGUUCUUAAAGCAUGGGGUAUUACCACCAUUUAUAAAAUGAGAGCUUUGAAUGAAACUCAUGCCCAACAGCUUUUCUGUUGGCAUGCAUUCUUACAACCCUCUCCAUUGAUGGGAUUUGAGGAUCUUGUUGAGAGGUUCAGAAAUGCUUGUCAUGGUCUGCCUUUGUCACUCAAGGUCUUAGGAGGUCAGCUCUAUGGAGAGUCUAGCAAGGAUUACUGGCAAGCUGAACUGGAAAAAUUGUCCAGAAUAUUACCAGACGACAUCAAAUCAAGGCUCAAAAUUAGCUAUGACGCUCUAGAUAAAGAAGAAAAGGAGAUGUUCCUGGAUAUAGCAUGUUUCUUCAUUGGAUGGAGAAGCAGUUGGGCCAUUGCAGUAUGGGACGGAUCACAGUGGAAUGGUCUGCAUGGUUGGGAAAGGCUCAUGAAUAAAUGUCUUGUCGAAUUAGAUGAGGAAAAUUGUAUAAGAAUGCACGAUCAUUUGAGAGAUUUGGGAAGAGAAAUUGCAAAUCAAAAGUCUCCCUAUCGUCUAUGGUUUCGAGGACAGAUUAUCGAGUUUCAACCCCAACAGGAAGGAAUACGAAUCCGAGGAAUAGCAAACGCAGCUGGUGAAUCUUGUUACUCCUCGCAAGGAAAGAUCAUCCUAAAUACAAGCCAAGGACCUCGCGACAUCAAGCCCUGCUCGAUUGGAUUAAAGAUUUUAGUUGGUACAGGACAUUUUUUCAAUCAACAAAAUGAUGCACUGUUAAAAGAACUGGUCUGGCUUCGCUGUUACAAAUUUCAGCACAGCGUUAUUCCAUCGUGGUUUGCAAUGAAAAACUUGAGAGUGUUACAGUUUUUUGACAGUGAGAGAUUGGAAGAUUUGUGGAAUGCCGAGGCUGAUGCAAAAAGUUGGCUGCAGAUUCCUUUGGAGUUACGAGAGUUGACUAUAAAGAACUGCAGAGUAUUCGGAGGAUUUCCAGAGUCAAUAGGACAGCUGACGCAUUUGAAGGAGAUAAGGGUAAUCGGCAAAUCGUCUAAAAUGAGGAGUCUCCCAAGAGAAUUUUGCCUUCUCCAAUCUCUAGAGCUCCUGAAAUUAUACAGAUGUGAGAAUCUAUCAUCUCUUCCCAGCGAUUUUGGCAAAUUGACCCGACUGGAGCGUCUAGAUUUAUCCUAUUGUCCUCAGUUGAAGAUGAUCCCGGAUUCCACUAGGCAGCUGACACUACUGCAAUAUCUCAAUUUAGAGGGGUGUUGGGAGCUGACCUUCAAGUCAGAGAAUAUAGACAUUCUCGAGCACAUGACAAAGUUGGAGUAUUUGAAUGUGACUGGAUGCUGGAAACUAGAAGAGUUGCCCCUCCCAAAUGGGGUGUCUUUGAGAGAGCUCUAUAUAAAGGGUACCAGGUUAAGGGAACUGCCAUCUACCAUCGGUCAGCUAAGUAAGUUGGCAAUGCUGGAGAUAAGUAGUGAGUUGUUGAAAACCUUGCCAACCUGUGUGGGUAAUUUGUCCUCAUUACUUGAACUUAAAAUAUCUUCUUGCCCUAACUUGGAAUCUUUGCCAUCUUCUCUGUGGAAUUUGUCCUCCUUAACUAAACUUGAAAUUGCAUCUUGUGAGAAGUUGCAUUCUUUACCUGACUCUCUGGGGCGUCUUAAUCUCUCGGGGCAGGCAUGUAGGAUCAAGAAUUUACAAAUAACUUCCACCAAACUGUCCAAGAUUUCAAUUCCUGAAGAAUUGUGUCCCUGCCUUGUGACUCUUACUCUUCGAUAUAAUCGGCUUCUAAGGGAGGUCGAAACCCUGCCAAAAACAUUGGAGACCGUAAAAAUAGAUCACUGUGAUGUCCUAGAGAACAUCACAGGUAUUUCUCACAUUGAAAAAUUGGAUGGGCUGCCAGGUUUUGCUAAAUUACUUUCUUUAAAAGAAGUUGAAUUGAUACAUUGCCCCAGAGUGAAGAAUAUAGAAGGUUUACAAGGUUUGGUAUCAUUGGAAAAGCUCAAAAUAGUUCAUUGUCCAGAAUUAGAAGCGGUUCCAAGUCUUGGAGAAUUGACUUCUUUAAAAUCGCUUUAUUUGCGAAGUUGCAACAAAUUGGAAAAUAUGGAAGGUAUAGAAUGUUUGAGAUCGCUGGAGAAGCUAAUUAUAAUCAGCUGUCCACAUCUAGAUGCGUUUCCAAAAUCUCUGGAAGAGCUUUUUCUCCAAAAUAUUUUGAUUUAG